AUGGAUUUUUGCUUCUUUCUCAUAGGGUUUCAAGAUUACAACAAUGAACUAUCUGAUGUGGGACAUAUCCCAUGCUAUUGCGGACGUUGUCACAACCAAAGUGCCUUUGCCGUGCGCACGAUAAGUGCCGUGACACUUUUCUUCAUUCCUGUGCUUCCGUACUCCUUUUCGAAGCGAUUAGUGUGCAACAUAUGCGGAAAUACGGGCGACUUGGAUGAUAUGGGAAUUAACCAAUUGAGAAAUGGCCAGCCAGUGGCAAUAGCAGGGUGA